AAUGAGUGAUGAAUUUCCAGUACCAAAACCUAAAUAGAAAAUGGAAGGUAAUGUAUUACCAGAAGAGGAAUAUUUAAGAAGAUUGGAGAUUAUAAUAAAAAGAGACUAUUAUCCUGAAUUAUACAAAUUAGAUAAAAUGAGAAAUGAAGAUGGGUAAUAUUUUUAAAUAAACAGAUAUUAGAAAUCCAGAUGAAAAUAUGUCAUUAAGUCAAUUUCUUAGUACUUUUACUUCAGAUGAAAAUGUUACCUUAAAUGAUAUUAUAAAAAAGGGUGAUGAUUAAUGGUAUUAGAAACAUGCAUGGAUGUUUUAAGUUGAAGAAUAACAUAAAUUAAAAUAAGCAGCACUUUAAUCUGAUAAAUUAUAGCAUAUGAUAGAAGGGAAUAGAGAAAAUAAUAUUCAAUUAAAUGAAUAUAAGGCUUUAAAUCCAUUGUUUUUUAGAAUGGACCCUAAAAAUGAAAGGUAAUAAUAUAAUCUAUUUAGAUUAUAACCAGCAAUCUAAGAACUCAAAGAAACAGACAAUUCUUUAAAUGUAUAAAAAGUGGAAAUACAAAAUACUAGAUUUUCUGAUCAUCAUAAACCUAUGGAAUUUGCAAUUAAUUAAAUAGAUUAGAAAUUAUAAAAAAGAAAACUUUAAGAAUGUUUGAAUGCAUAAGGUGUUAAUGUGUUUUAUGGAAGUACACCAAAUUUAGUUGGAGCAUAGAGAUUUGAAGAUGAUGAUAUGCUUGGUCUCUUUUCACCUGCUCCUUAAAAUAUGAAAACACCUUUAAUGACUUGGGGAGAAUUAGGUGAAACUCCAGUUUAAUUGGAUAGAUCAUAUAUGAUUCCUCCAAGUUCUUAAAGAGAUAAAGUUGGAUCUAAUCUUACAUAAUAAUUAAAUGUUAAAAAAAGAAAUGAAUAAAAAUAAUAGGAAGAGUAUAUAUAAUUAUAAUUAAUUUUAGAUGGUUAAAAAGAAGAUUAAGUUCCAUUACACCAUAUAGAGUUGGUAGUUCAAUAUCCUCUAGAGUAAGUUCAGAAAUGAUUAAGAAUUUUCUUGAUAGAAGAGGUUCUACAAAUCAUUUCACUCCUUUAGGUCCAAAGAGUAAGAACAUAAAAAAAUAAUAAUGA